CUUUUUUCUCUUCAAUCUGAUCGAUUCUUUCUGCCUUAUUACCUGACUUUAGGUAUACAGACAGGCCUAAACACUCAUACGAGCAGCGUCGCUACCAACACCCCCUCCCCCUGCAGCUCAUCCUUUUCUCCCCCAUGAAAUGUUUCCCGCCUCUCACAGCGCUGUGCCUUGCAGCAGCUCACUCUGGCGCUUGGCUGCUGCAGGCUCUCUUUCGACUCUCCACCAACCAGCGCCGGCGUCUCCAUCAAACAAGCUACAGGCGGCCUUGCGGGACUUUUAUCCCUGAAACGGCACUAAUCGCUCUGUAUCACCCCCUACCUCAUCUCCAGCGCUCUUUGUCAGCCUAUCGAGGGCCUGCAAUUGGGGGCUUUUGGUCACUGGGAAUGGGGCCUUUGUUUCUUGCUCGUAGAUGCAGGAGGAGUGAUGAAUGUCACUCAUUUCAAGCACCCUCGGCUCUCCUAUACCGGGACGACUUGGUGAUUCGAUUCCAGCUAGCAGCUUUACCGGGAAACUCGAAAAUCAGAUCAUGGAUGGUACACGCCGUGCCCAACGGCAUCUGGUGCAAGUGCAAGUACCCCCCGUACGGACACAUGUAAAGUGACGGGAGGCAUUCAAUGGAACCAACAUGGAAUUGGUCGCUCCACGGCCCGCGUCUUCCGUGUACAUGUAGAGUCGCAUUCAUGCCCUACCAAGGAAUCAAUAGUGCCAGUCGCAGAUCGCAAUUGUCCAGAUGCGGGGUGUGCCAAAGAGGCAAACACUGCGCUUGGCAUUUGAAUAUGCCAUCCAUUUGAUCUGAUCCUUGCCACUCGUACAUUUACUCGUACGGAGCACAUCACAUCCCAUUCUGUCACGGGUAUUCCUUCUUCUCGUCUUCUUCUUCCAAGUUCCAACUCUCGUGCCUCCUGGUGUAUGUAGUGACACUCUAACGAUCCGCCUCGUGCUCCGCAGUUUGUGCGCCGUCUCAUCAAGCGCACGCUGUGGACGCUCACGAGGCCGACCGAGGCCCCAGCUCCGGAUACACCAAACGGCCGC